AUGCCUGGUCCCGCGGCGCGGAGCUCCGGGAGUCCUCGCGGUGUGGCCCCAAGCGCAGUGCGGCCUGGGCCCGGACGCACGGAGCUCGGCACCCGCGUUCUGCGGGCUGGCGCGGUGCGGUGGGGCCUCGCCGUGUCUGCCCACCGACGGCCGAGUUCUGCAGCUCCAGGCGGGCAGCGGCGGCGGCGCUGGUCUCGGGACUGGGCUCGGGUCUCUGGUCGAAGGGGUGCAGCCGUGCUGGCGCCCGGCACCAAGGGGUCCAGAAGCUGUGCCUGUCGGGGCGGCCGCAGCGGGGCAGAGGCGAGGCCAGGCUGCAAGGUCGCGGCACGAACCGGGCGGGACGGCCAGCGACUGCGCCCCUCCGCGGCGUGGGGCUGCAGCUCCGCAAACUUCGGGCGAGGUGCUCCCGCACACACUCACACCUGGACCAGCUCCUCCCUCCACCGGCUUCUCCUCCUUAAAGGCGCCAGGAAGCGUGGGGCGGCGCCGGUUCCCCGCCCGCCCCCCGACUCCCCGCCCCCGCCCCAGCCGUGGGCGCACCUCCCCGAGGAGGAGCAGCUGUGGCGGCGCAGCGGGAGCCGGGCCAACGUCCGAGCAGGGUGGGCGAUUGCAGGUGCUGGGGAGCGGCCCCCUUGCGCGCCUACGGAAGACUCAGCCCAGGGGCGUCCAGGGACCCGCUUGGGAGAUAUUGGUGGAAUUUUGGAUUUUUCCCGCUUCUGCCGAGAGCUGGGAUUCACAGCGGAGCCCUCUUCCUGCGCGGCCGGUGCACCCAGAGUCCCAGGACUGCAGAGCUUUGCAGCGGUGUGGAGAGGAGGAAUCUGGCUCCAGACGACUACGCGGAGGACGCGGACUCGGUUAGCUCCCCCACACUCCCCCACUGCGCUCUUUGAGGUUUCAACUGCAGGGCGAGGUGUGCAGGGCAUCCAUCAAAAUCUUCUAGUCCCACGGAGCGGGGUUGCCGGCGUGAAGGCUCGAGUGUCGCGGUGGACUUCCUGGGAAAGCUGUGGCUCGGGGCGGAGGUGAUGGCGAGAAUAGAACUCCGGACCUGCCCUGCCCAGGCUGGCUGGCCGCUGUGCGACCUCGAGUCCUGGGUGCAGGAUGGACCCUCAGGAAAUGGAGCCUCCACAUUUCUACAGCUGGCACGGAGCGCUGUGUGGGGCUCCGGGACGCCAGGAUGCCCGGAAUUUACACAGAAGAUUGGGUGUUCACUCGAGGCAGAGGCCCUGGUUUGCAAGACAAUCGCAAAAGAGCUGGAGACUGUUCUUCCCGCUUUAAAAGAGAGAUGCCCCAAAUCGGCUUCUAGUUCAACCACCAGAGGCGCAGAGUCGGUGACAUGAGUCCCCUCCCCAGCCUAGCCUGGGUCUUCCUCGCCUCCACCUGCCCAGCGCGCUCGUGGCCGGUGCAGCUCGCCCGGCUGCGCGGUCCAGGCGUCUGAGGAGCGACCGUCCCCGUCCUCGGGCUGGGCUGGUAGGUGCACAGAGGACCCCAGCCCGGCUGGCUGGCUGCUGAGCACCGCCGCAGACGGUGGCGUGGGAAGACCGGACAAACGCGCGGGCUGGCCAACUCUCCGUGUGUUUAUUGAGUGUUUUUUUGUUUUUGUUUUUUAUUGCCUCUUUCUGUCUCGAGUCCUGGAAGUGCUGUCGGCCAUUUAGCUUCUGAUAGGAAGGCCUCGUGUCCUCCCUCUCAGGGCUCUCUCUCAGGAGUCGGAGUCGUUCCCCACGAAACACUAAAGGGUAGAAAGGGAGGCGCUGGCUGAACAUUCCAGCCAAUUAGGCCGCCCAGAAAAAACCCUUCCAUCCCCGGGGAGAGCGCAACGUGGCAAGGCCAGGACCAGUGGACAUCCACACAGGGCGCUGGAGCUGAGCAAGUGGGCGUCUGGAUCCUCGGCCUGCCCUCCCUGGUUCUCUGUGGACUCUGCAUAACUGGCCUGGGAAGGGGAGGGAGGCAGAUUAUCCAGUACACUUUCUCUACACGCCUAAGUCUCCAAACAGACCUCACCAGCGGGCAUUGUCUCUGCCCAAGGAGGCCCUCAGUGUCUUCCAUCAGCAAUCAGUAAGGUCAAGUGCACUUUUCUGGGCCUGGCAUUCAGGUCCUUCCUUACACAGUUCUGGUCCUUGCCACCCUCCUUUUGCUUUUGGUCUUGCCUCCUUUAGCAUCUGAAGACACCUGGACACCUGAGGACUUCGGAGAAGUGCAGCAACAGUCACAUCACCAAAUAAUUGCCUCACAAAAUGAGACCAGAGCUAAAAUCCAAACAAGCCGAGAUAGGCCCAAAGAGGGAGUGUUUGAGCUGCUCCCGGAGGCUUAGGGAGGGCUCCCUGAAAGGGGCACUUGGGGUGGGAGGGGGGAGGCAGGCUUUUCCAGACUGAGGAUGGGAAAAGUGGCUUUAUGCUCCUGGCACCCGGGUCACCAGGACAAGGAAGCCCUCCUGUGAGAGCCUGUUACUCAGAGUCGCUCCGUCUUGAGUCAGUGUCUUUCUCUGCCUCUUCCUGGCUAUGCAACAUUGAUCCAAUCAUUUAUCCACCCUCAGCCUCUAUUUUUCAAUCUAUAAAAUGGGGAAUACUAAUGUUUGUAAGGGGGUUGUUGAAGGCUAAUAAUAUUAACUUGCACAUACAUAACAUUUUAUCAUAACUAUUUGAAUCAAUACAUACUUAGUAUGCAGUAUGAUAGAUAUGGUGAAUAUUUAAAUUUUUAAAAUCAUUACAGUAAAAGGUACAUUGUUAUUAAUCUUUCCCAAAAUAUCCUCUCCCUUACUUCAAACACUUACCCCAUUUUUCUUGCCAUUUUGAGGAGCGCUUCUAAAAGUCCUGUUUUAUGAGUGUCUUUAGUUGCACUGCCAUGGCUGCCUCACUGUCCUGAGUCAGUUCAAAACAUUUACCUUUGG